CGUGAUAUUUUUCACGCAGAGCGCGGUCCCGUUGCAGUGCGCAUGCGCGCCGAUUAAUCCACGUCGCAGUGGUGUGUGUGUGUGUGUGUGACGGUACAGUGUUUGUCCGUGUCGCGUGCGUGUGCGUCCGUACGUCCGCCGCUGCCGUUGUCGCCGUGCUGCUCCGCAUUAUUGUGUAUUGUGCGUGUGUGAGCGCCGCGUAGCUUUUCGCGUGGUGGAAAGUGUAGUGUGCGCGCGCCCGCCACGUUGCCGCCGCCGCCGCCGCUUCGUCUACAGCACGUCCAACCCGCCCGGCAACGUUGCAAUGUCACGCCGUUGAACGCCGUCGUCGUGCAUUAAUAUUGUACCUGCCUGCCCGCCGAUAUAUAAUUAUCAUUGUUUAUUAAUAUUUACGAGAUUGAUAACAGAGAGUGACAGUCAUGAAAGAAACACGCCGGACUCUAGUGAAAAGCCUGAACCCGCAUUUAGUAUGUGUCCUAUGCGCUGGCUACUAUAUCGACCCUACAACAAUUGUCGAGUGCCUUCAUUCAUUUUGUCGGUCCUGCAUUGUCAAGUACUUGGAGACGAGUCGGUUCUGUCCGAUAUGCGAUGUGCAACUGCACAAGACCCGGCCGCUGUUGAGCAUCAGACGGGACAAGAUAUUGGAACGACUUGUGUACAAAAUCGUGCCCGGGCUACAUGCCAAAGAGAUGGCCCGCAGGGCCUUACCGAACACUGAAUUGUAUCUCUCACCGGACGACCUCAUCAGUCUCGUAUUGCAGUACCACAUUGAAGACACAAAUUCCCAAACUGUUGACGCCGAAGAGAACGAGACCAAUAAUGCAGUGAACCAAGAUUUAAAGGCUGCUCAUAGGAAAUUCCUCAAAUGUCCUGCUGCCGUUACUGUGGAACACCUGAAGAAGUUUUUAAUACUAAAAUAUAAUUUAACCGACCAACACCAGGUGGACAUUUUUCAUGCUUCUGAAAAUUUAUCCGAUGAUUUAUCCUUAAUAGACAUUGCCUACUGCUUCGAAUGGAAACAGACCUCACCGAUGGAAUUAUGUUUCCAAAUCUUAGAAAAAUCUACUAUUGCUGUUCCAAUUGCAGAAGAAGUAGAGUUAGUUGAAGAUGUUGAUAUAGACGAAGAUUCUCAUAGUGUAGCCUCUUCUUCUUUACCGUUUUUGUCAUCCAAAAGUAUUUCUGAAAGCGACGAUGCUUCAAAUACAAGCUUGGAUUCAAAGCCUUUAUUUGAGAGACUGGAAUCAGAAAAGAUUUACCGAAAGAGAAAGCGAGAUCGCGUGAUCUCUGAUGAAGAACCAGAACCGAAAAAGAGCCUGUUUGACAGUCUCCUACAAAGUACAACAAAUAAUAACGAAAACGAGGAUAAAGAUUUCCAAGAGUCGGAUGAAGAUUAUUCUAAGUAUGAACAAGAUAUUGAAGAGAUCAUCGAGGAAGAUGACGAUGAUGACAUCGGCCGUUUAAGGAUAUCGUCAAAUAUUUCCGAAGAUGAAGUAAAUAAUGAUGAAACGACUAGUCAAAUGUUUGUCAUCGAUGAAGCUAUUGAGGAAAUCCCCGAAGAAGAAAAAUGUGAAAAAGUAGUUAAAGAAAAGCACUGGAAAUCAGAAGGGCGGAACAAGAGAAAGAGUAAGAAGGCAAAACACCAUCAUCACCAUAAACGAAGACUGUCACAAUCACCUCCUCCAUCAGCUACCAUCGUACACUCGCCUGAUAGAGAUAUAAUGAAGCUGAAAGUAAAGCUGAACACAUUGCCAGGGUAUCGACACAAGGACGAUAAACAUCACAGGCAUUCCAAACACUACAAUGGUAGUGCUUCGUCGGCAUCCUCGAUUGUGUCAUCCCCAGCCAGAUCGUCUUACAAAGAAGACGACUCUGUACUAUCAGAACAAUCUUGCGACAGUAUUGCUUUACCUAAAAAAUCUCGGGAAGAAAUUAAAUUGCCGGAGGAAAAGCAGCAUGUCGGAGAUGUUCGAAAAUCUCAAAUAUCUCGAUCCUCUUCACAAGCCGUAGUCGAAACUCCCAGGUGCGAAACUUUGGCUAAGGAACCAGUGCAACAAGUUCGAGCUGUACGAACCAAACCCAAACCGGCCGUAGAACAGCAAUCUAACACUGAAUCAUCACACAAAAUGAUCAUAAUGCCUCCGUCAUCGAUUACGGUCAGUAUUAUAACAGCUGAAGAAAAGUUGAAGAUGGAAAAGGACAAGACCCUCAUGUUAACAAGUAAUGACUAUGAAAACAAACGGCCAUCGUUGGAAAUUGUUCGUGUCAAUGGUCCUCCUACUACGCCCCCAAUAACCGUUGAAGUUCCUAAAUCCAGCCCUAAGCCCAAAGAACAGCACGAAGAACAACCCGCGCCACCUAGGCCGAAGACUAAGAAGCCAGUGCCCGCAGUUAUUCCCAUAAAAUCUGCUAAACCGUCGAUAACCAUCAUACCGCAAAAUCGAAGUCCUAGCAGUAACAACAACAAUAACAACAAUAACAGCAACGGUACGAAAGUUGAUGAAAUUAAGACUAGCGUAACAAUCUCAUUAGAAAAUGGAUCUCACAACGACUCGGCGUUAGAUUUGUCCGGAAAAUCGUCUAGGAAAGACUGUGGGCCACAGUAUACCACAAUCAACAAAAACAAUAACAACAACAACAACAACAGUAAAAGUAUAUCGUCCUUGCACACAAAUGGUGGUGGAGGCCAAUACGAGCCUCCGAGCAUGCGGAACUUGAUGACGCUUUCGGACACCGCGGUACACAUUAGAAACAUGAUGUCCAAUUCAUCGCCAUCGCCGUCUAGUAAGGAACAACAACAGCAGCAGCAGCAGCAGCAGCAGCAACAACAACAACAACAACAACAGGACGCGAAAAAACGGUACGGCAAUCACCACCACAAUAACAACAACCACAACGGAAACGGAUCGUGUUCGCCGAAACGUCAUAACGGAAACGUACCGCUCCGGAUUCCCGUACCGCCGACUUCCGGUUCGUUCGCCAAGGCGUCCGCUGCUACCGCCUCUCAGAAUAAACCGGUAAAAGCGUCGGUGGCGUCUCGCGCUUCCGACACAAAACCCAAACACGGGCCCCCUAACCAGGCCGUCCGACACAUUCCGAACCCGUCGGUGCUAUUGUUCCGGCACCACCAACAACACUUGGCGCAAUUUGCUGCCGCCGCGGCCAAUGCCGCAGCCGCCAACACUAACAAAAGACCAAACCCACCGGUACCGGCAGUAUCCCGGAUACCACCGCACCCGAUGCCGGCAGCCAUACCUCUGCACACCAUCAGGAAAAUGGAAAACUUGACCAAAAAUAUCGAAAAAGUCGCCGCCGGGCUUUCAGUCAAGGCCAACGCGCUUUACAAGCAAAAUUUCAUCGAGAACGGCGGACGCUCACGCUUAGAACUUCCGAGUUGAAGUACUAUAAAUGCUACUACGUUCAUUGGCAGUACCACCUACCGGUGAAUUAUUAUUUUUAUUAUUACUAUUAUCUAUUAUUAUUUUGAUUAUAAUAUCCUAAGUCUAUUGUAAACAAACUAUGUUUUUCCGUUGUCGGGCUAGACUGACAAUGCGCCGGGCAAAUUGCAAUAUCCAUUGAUGUUUAAUAUUUAAUUAUUUAUUUAUUUAUUUAUUUAUUUAUUUAUUUAUUUAUUAUUAUUAUAAUCCACUGCGUUGUUGAAGACGACCCGCAUUAUUAAUAGAAAAAUGGUACAAAUGUUUAAAUAUUUUAUCAAGUGGGAGGGUGUGACCUCUUACAUUGUAAAUUUAUAUUAUAUUUUAUUGAAGUUUUAUCAUUUAACUGUUAGAUGUAGACU